AUGGCUGAAGAAGUUGUUGCCAUAACGGGUGGUAGCGGAUUUCUUGCUCAACAUCUCAUUUCAUAUUUACAGCAGACAAAUCACCGAGAAGUAACUAUUGUCGAGAUUCGAACCAUUGAUAGGAAACUAUUCAGCAAAUUUCUCGAUUAUCCAGUAAGCAUCCCUUUAAAACAUCAUCAACUUGAUAUUUGUGAUGAAAAUACGCUUAAGAAAGCUCUUAAUUCUGUAACAACCGUAUUCCACUGUUCUGGUAAAUCAUUUGAAUAUUUACACGAUGGUACUAAUCAUACUGAUCAAUAUUGGUAUGACAAUACCAAUGCAACGGAAAUUUUAUUAAAUGUUAUGCAUGAAGAAAAAAUUCCACGUUUGGUUUACGUAAGUGAUGCCUAUUCAAGUUUACCAUCGGGUAACAAUUAUGGCUUAUCGGAGCAAGUACAUCUUGGUAUUCCGAGUAGUUUCAUGCUUGGAAUGUACGGACAAUCAAAAACACGAGCAGAAAUGUGUGUUCGAAAAGUUGCUGCUAAGGGUGAAAUAAAUGCAUUGAUCUUACGUCCCACAAUUAUCUAUGGUGAAGGAGAGAAGCAUUUAUUGGGUUCAGCGCUUAGAUUAUGUUCGAUAUAUGGUGGUAUUCCAUAUUUAAAGGAUGAAAAUAGAGGGCUUCAUCAGUUCCUUUAUGCGGGUAAUAUGGCAGCGAUAAUGAAACGAGGAAUGGUAUACUUGAAGGAAAAUCCGGAACGGUAUAACGGUGAGAUUGUAAUAUGUAUGGAUUGUACACCGUGUAUACGACUUGUUGAUUUUAUGGAACCAUUUUUGGAAGCGAAUGGUUUGGAACGCAUAGGUGCACUAAGCUAUUUACAAACACAUUUAACAGCCGUAUUUUAUGAAAUUUUAAAUCGAUUUGCUCCAAAAAAAGCUAUUGGUCAUUUGACAUUAUUGGCGAAUAAAUUUAUUAAUUGUUGGACAGUAGGAUUUUCCAAUCGUAAAUUACGUCUUUUGCUUGAUUUCGUUCCACCUUAUGAGCAAUCGCAAGCAAUAAAUCAAUCGCUCUGUUGGCAUCGCAAAAAUGGAAAAGCAAGUGAAUGUCGCAAUAAAGAAGUGGAAAAUAGCGUAAAUAUGAGCAUAGAAAAAUAA